AGUCGGAGGAUCAGCUGGUUCUUGGUCGGGUGCAGUCCGUGUUCAGGGCUUGUCUCCGCCAUGUCCGGGCUCGGGUUGCUGUAUUCGGGGCUGGGGCUGAGCGCGGCCGCCGCCAUCACCGGCAUCGGAAUCUGCUACACAAUAUUUGACCUGGGCUUUCGUUUUGAUGUAGCAUGGUUCCUGACUGAGACCUCUCCAUACAUGUGGUCCAACCUGGGUAUUGGGCUAUCCAUUUCGUUGUCAGUGGUGGGAGCUGCAUGGGGGAUUUACAUCACUGGAUCCAGCAUCAUUGGCGGUGGUGUCAAAGCACCUAGGAUCAAAACCAAAAAUUUGGUCAGCAUAAUCUUUUGUGAAGCUGUGGCCAUCUAUGGAAUCAUCAUGGCUAUUGUGAUUACCAACAUGGCUGAGCAAUUUAGUGGCAGAACUCCUGAGGAAAUUGGUUCUCGGAACUAUCAUGCAGGUUUCUCCAUGUUUGGGGCAGGGUUGACUGUAGGACUUUCCAACCUCUUCUGUGGUGUAUGUGUGGGCAUUGUGGGGAGUGGUGCUGCACUAGCAGAUGCCCAGAAUGCCAGCCUCUUUGUCAAGAUCCUAAUUGUGGAAAUCUUUGGCAGUGCCAUUGGACUCUUUGGAGUCAUCGUAGCAAUCCUGCAGACAUCUAAAGUGAAUAUGGGUGACUAAACCCUUUGCCAACUGCAGAUCCUGUACAUAUUUAUUUAAUGUCUCCUGUUGGCCUGGGAGCUUGAUGUAUAAAGUUCUUCCUGUGAUCUUCACCUACUUGGCCAUGGACAAACCUGAUAAAUUGAUGUGUGUUUGUGAGAAUUGAUCCUUCUCUUCCCCUGCCCUUUUCCUGCUCUAUUUUUCCAGAAGGAAGGGGCCGGACACCUUGCUGGAAGGAGCCUUAGGUGUUCUAGCCUGUGCACUGUCUGCGGCAGUCACUGCCCGUUAUAAUGCAGUGCUCUACGGAAGAAUAUUGUUCUUGUCCCAAUAGCUGCCCUUCUUGUGUGCUCCCCGCUCUGUGCCCCAGUUAUUAUUCUGGCUUUGGUGGCCAAUUUUUGACCCUGAAUGAUGGGUGGCGCUGGCUGAGCUCUUGGCCUUGGAGGCUGUGGAAAGUGCCCCUCCUAGACACACCUCCAUAUGAAGGGACACAUAAAAAUGAACAGUGUGAUUUUUUGGAGUUCUCUGAAGCAUCACAAAUGAUUGGUUAUUAAAAUUAAUGAUGAUGAAAA